CCCCGCGUGCCCAGCAGGCUGCGCGCUCCCGCGGAGAUGGCGGCGCCGAGCGGCGGGACCUGGCGGCGGGCCUGGCUGCCCGCCCUGCACUUGGUCCGUCGCGGCUCCAAAGCGGUCACCCGGCACUGGAAAGCCAUGCACUUCCAGCGCCAGAAGCUGAUGGCUGUCACCGAGUACGUGCCCCCCCGCCCGGCCGUCCCGCCGCGCUGCCUGCCCCGCCAGAAGGGACCGGCCCAGGAGGACGACGGGUACGCGCGGGUCCUGCGGCGGCAGGCGGAGCAGGUGUUCCGGGAGCACCGGCUGGUCGCCGUCUGCCAGUACAACUCCAUGCCUGGGGAGGACGUGGUGCUGAUGAGGCAUUACCUCCGGAAGCACAACAUUGAGGUCAAGUUCAUCCUGAACGAGAUCAUCAGACCCUUCCUGUCCCAGUCCAAGUACAAGAACCUGCUCCCUCUCUUUGUGGGGCGGAAUAUCCUGCUGGUGAGCCAGGACACCAAGGUGAAGGAGAUGCUGCGGGUGCUGAAGGGAGUGCCCCAGAUCAACCUCCUGGGUGCCUGCAUCGACGACACCAUCCUGAGCAGGCAGGGGGUGGAGAACUUUGCCAAGCUGCCCUCCCUGGAGGCUGCCCAGGGCCAGACAGCAGGUGCCCUGGCCCUCCUGCCCUCCCAGACCUCCUCCCUGCUCCAGCGCGGCCCCGCGCACCUCAUGGCUCUCCUGGACCAGCACAUCCUCCAGCUGCAGGCUGGGCAGACAGAGACACCCCCUGAAACACCCCCUGCCCAGAGCUCAGGGGCUCACUGACCCUGGGGGGGGG